AUGCUCAUUUGAUUCACAAAUAGGAGUCGACUCUUUUGUUCUAUUUUCCUUCAUAUUGCUUAAACUGAAAGCCUACUUUACCUUGUAAAUUAAAGUUUAAUUUUAAAACUUUAGUUUUACAGCAUUUAGUAAGGAAAAUAAAACCAAUAAAAAGCAGCGCUAACUCUAAAAUACUAAAAUACAAAUAAAAGUACUGAUUCGAACCGAAUCGAUUCAUUAUAAUGCGACAUUUCUAACAUCUACUAUAACAAGCUGAACAGAGUCGACUCUCAGUAAUGACCUGAAAGAACCGACUAACAGAGUCGACUCUUUUGCGAAUGACACAUCAUUAGUUUAUACCUCAGGGAUCCUCUGUUGUUUUUAUUCUGCAGUGUUUAUCACAACACUUCUCCUCAAGGGAAAUUCAGCUCAAGCAUCAAACCCUGAUUUUACUACCGUCAUUAUUCCACACCCAAAAAUAUUAACAUAAAAAGGGCAAAAGAAUCACACACAACAUAACCUAAUAAAAAAAACACUGUGCACUAAACAUGAAUGCUUUUUUAAACGUUCAUGGAUUUACUAGAAUGACUCUGCUGCCGUCUAGUGGCCAAGAAGAAAAAUACCGCAAAAUGACGAGUCGGUUUGUUGACAUCUCCACAGCAACGGCUCAUUUACAUGUUCUUUAGCAAAGGAACCAGCCUGAGAAAGAAAAGAAUCGUGUUUUCAUCUCAUCAUGACUUCUUCAAUCUUCUCGAGAGACGCACAGCUGAAGAGUAUGGAGUUGACCAUAAGCAACACUGAGAAGUACAUGGGUCAGUUCUGCACACUGCUCGCUUCGUACACGCGUAAAACCGCAAAACUGAGAGAUAAAGCCGACUCGCUCGUCCAGCAGAUGCAGGAAUACGCCAGCACCGAAGGCCCCGAGUUCAGAAUCUGCCUGAAGAACUUGUCCGAAGAUUUAGCCAUGGUGCAAGAUUACAGACAGGCCGAAGUUGAGAGGCUGGAAACACGUGUGGUCUCCCCUUUAAAGGCUUACGGAAAUAUCGUGAAAACUAAACGAGCAGACUUGAAGAGGUUUAGUGUGGAUCGUAAAAGAGAGAUAAAAGAGCUGCAGAGCUUGGAAAAGAUCCGUCUGAAGAACCCAGCAGACAGACAGAGCAUCUCGCAGGCUGAAACAAACGUGCAGAAAGCGAGCAGCAAUGCCAACAGGAGCUCCAUGCAAAUGGAGGAAACCAUCAUGGACUUCCAGAGACAGAAACUUUGUGAUAUAAAGAUGAUCUUCACCGAAUUCAUCAUGGUGGAGAUGCUGUUCCAUGCCAAAGCUCUGGAAGUUUAUACACACACCUUCAACAACCUGGAAACUAUGGACAUUGACAAGGAUCUAGAGUUUUUCAGGAAUCAAAUCCAGAUUUCUGCUCCUCUUCUGGAAAAUUCUGCUCUUAUCUCCAGUGUUCCUCAAUACCUGAGUCCCACUCCGUCUCCGCUCUACACGCUGACGCACCAACCGAGCCUCUCCAACUCCACCCGCAUCUCGGAGCAGCCCAAAAAGACUCUGACCAGAAAAUUCCAUAGACAGCAGGAGAUAGACGAGGAGGAGGAAGAAGAGGAGGAGGAAGAGGAGGAUAGCUAUGACUCGGAGGAAGACAUGGAGCAGCCACGGACUUUCCGCCAAUCCUAUUCUGCUCAGUAUGCCACAACUCUCAGACAGAAAUGAAUAAAAAAAUAUAUAUAUAUAUAUAUUUUUUUUUUUUGGUCAUGUGAUAUGGAGCACAGUUUAUAGAUGUUGUAAAUGAUCUGAAUUGGAAGAAAAACUAAAUGUAUAGCGCUGUUCACCUUGUACAACAAUCUAAUAAUUCAGAACAAAAAAAAUGUAAAAAUAUAUAAAUAAAAAAGAAAUAAUAGCCAAUAAUAAAUAAAUAAUAAAUACAAUUUUGAAAACUUAU